AGAUUGGUGCAUAUCUCCUUGGAUAUUUUUAUCCAACGAAAGAAAGGCUUUCCAUCGAGUUUGAGGCGAAGGCACGGAGCUCGUUUCCUCCCGGACACAUUUGACAGAAGGACCGGAACUCGUGCCGGAAUCCAAAUCGGUUUUCGUUUUUGAAUCAUACCGAAAAAGAAUGCUUCGCUGCUGACUUUCCACUCCAAUGCUCCGUCGUAUAUUCUUCAAGGAAGAGCGCAGCUGAAACGUUGUUUGUGAACAUGAAGAGGAAAGUUGCUCAAAGCGCGGAGGCGUCGUGCGACUACCGAGUGGGUCAGGUGUCGGACAGUUUGGGCCAGAACGCUCGUGGGGCUUCCGGCUCCCUUUCGGCUCUGUUCGGCGCCGCCGCCCCGACAGCGAGCGGCGGCGCUGCCCUCUUUCGACCCGCCCCGCAGCUUCCUCAGCCCAGCGGGCAGUCGGAAGCUGCCGAGGUCAAAGUUGGAGCCGGCGACGAGCGCAAACGCAAGAAAAAGCCCAAAGUGAAAACGGAAGCCGAGCGGAAGCUGGAGGACAGGGAGCUCAGCCUGCGCGACGCCGACGAGGACGAGCGAGCGCCGGCCGAUAAGAAGAAGCGCGGCGAGGCGGGGCUCGACAAGGGGGCGGAGCGCCGGGUCCUCAAGAGGCAGCGGCGGCGCCAGGACAAGCAGGAAGAGCAAACCAAGAACCGGAGGACGGUCUUCGUGGGAAAUCUGCCCGUCAACUGCACCAAGAAGAUGCUGCUCGGCAUGUUCCGGCCCGACGGCGCCGUCGAGUCCAUCCGCUUCCGCUCCAUGGUGCGAGAGGAUCCGGCGGUGUCGCGCAGAGUCGCCGCCAUCAAGCGCCAAGCUCACCUGCUGAAGCAGAGCAUCAACGCCUACGUGGUCUUCAAGGAGCCACAAGGGGUCGCCAAAGCGCUGCAGAGGAACGGUACGGAGGUGGAGAACGGCUUCAUCAUCCGCGUGGACCGAGUGCGCGACGAGAAGGCGGAAAGGCACGACCACAAGCGCUCCGUGUUCGUGGGGAACCUCAACUUCGAGCUGAAAGAGUUGGCGUUGCGGCGACACUUUGAGGAAUGCGGCGUCGUGGAGGCGGUCCGACUGGUGCGCGACCGCAAUACGGGACUGGGGAAAGGCUUCGGUUACGUCCUCUUCGAGAGUUCCGACUCGGUCCAGCUGGCGCUGAAGUUGGAGGGCUCGCCGCUGGAGGGUCGGCCCGUCAGGGUGAAGCGCUCCGCUGAGAAGGAUCGAAGGGGCGCCCCCCGCAGGACGACGGCGGCGGGGAACCGGGUCAAAGGUCCCCGCUCCAAAAACUUCAAAGGCGAGAUUGCGUGCCCCAAUCCAAAAACCAAAAAGAAAGUCAAGAAGAUCAGGAAAAAUGUCCACAUUUGACUGAACUGUGUCAAAGUGUAAUGAGGCGCUUUGAUUCUCUAAAAUAGUCUUUUGCUGCCAUCUUGUGGCGUGACAACCUCGUUGCUUUAGUUAGCAUGAGUGACGAGAACCUUUUGCCAUCACAUCGUUUUCAAAUCAAAAUUCUUGCCAAUAAAAUGCAAUCAUUCGUGGGCUUCGGCGUUGCCAAUUCUGCCCGUCUCCUGAGCUGCUUAUCCUCACGAGGGUCCCGGCCGUCUUCGCCCUCAACUCGUCGCCGGCCAAUCGCGGAGCACGUAGACGCGUCAAGAGAGACAGAAAUGAGUCGCAAACCCGAUUCCGACCUCGUUUUUUUUUUUUAAGGAUAGCGAGUUUGUGUCCUCUUUAUUUCCAAAAACCGAUCUCAGCUUUGUCGUGUAUUGUGUGCAAUUAAAAUGAGGUUGAACACGAUUUGCAAAUCUCUGGCGUGGUCCCAACAUGAUCGGAAUCGGGCUCGCGUUCACUUCCUGUCGAACAAACAUUCAGACACUGGGCCAGAGGUGCUCCUCGGAUCAGAAUCAUUUGAAUUCCUUUCAAACGUGCGAAAUAAAUCAAGGCACC